CUGCCACAUGACUUCCGGUUUUUGCUCAUGAAAGACGGAAGCUGGAGGAGCCGUCUGUAGAAUAUUGUUGUUUUCGGAAUCAAUAAAUUAAAGAAAAUGUCUGGAAACGGCCUCCAGCUGACGACAAGUUAUGCCAACGAAAAACCUCCAUCAUCGACGGGCAGUGCCGACGCUGAUCUGGCUACUGACCCCGCCAGUAGCGGCUUUUUUACCACAGAUUUUAAGAGACAUGAAGACUUGAAGUCAAUGCUUGAUGGCAACAAGGACAAUCUGAAGUUGGAGGCCAUGAAAAGAAUCAUUGGGAUGGUAGCCAAAGGAAAGGAUGCUUCUGAUCUGUUUCCCGCAGUUGUGAAAAAUGUUGUUUCUAAAAACCUUGAGAUAAAGAAGCUGGUGUAUGUGUACCUGACGCGCUAUGCAGAAGAACAACAAGACCUGGCUUUGCUCUCAAUCAGCACAUUCCAGAGAGCUUUGAAGGAUCCGAAUCAGCUGAUUCGAGCAAGUGCCCUGCGAGUGUUGUCAAGUAUUCGAGUGCCUGUGAUCACACCCAUCAUGAUGCUGGCCAUCAAAGAGGCAGUGAUGGACAUGUCCCCCUAUGUCAGGAAGACAGCAGCUCAUGCCAUACCCAAGCUAUACAGCCUUGACCCUGAGACCAAGGAACAGCUGAUAGAAGUCAUAGAGAAGCUUCUUGGGGAUAAGACAACUUUGGUGGCGGGGAGUGCCAUCCAAGCAUUUGAAGAAGUGUGCCCUGAGCGUAUUGACCUGAUCCACAAGAACUACCGCAAGAUGUGUAACCUCCUAGUGGACGUUGAGGAAUGGGGGCAGGUGGUCAUUAUCAAUAUGCUGACCAGAUACUGUCGAACACAGUUCCUGAACCCAAACCAGACUGACAGUAUUGAUGACAUAGACAAACCGUUCUAUGAAGACUCCGACAAAUCAUCGGAGGAAGAGGAUGAGACAAAGGAAUCUGAACCAAAGAAGAAGCCCUAUGUGAUGGACUCUGAUCACAGGCUUCUCCUGCGGCAAGCUAAACCAUUGCUUAAUAGCCGAAAUGCAGCAGUUGUAAUGUCAGUUGCCCAGCUGUACCACCACUGUGCUCCGAAGGCAGAAGUAGGCGUCGUGGCCAAAGCUCUAAUCAGGCUUCUCAGAAGUCACAAAGAAAUCCAGUAUGUUGUACUUAGCAACAUUGCUACAAUGACAAUCAAGAGAAAGGGAAUGUUUGAACCUUACCUCAAGAGCUUCUAUGUGCGAUCCAGUGACCCUCUUCACGUCAAACUUCUAAAGUUGGAGAUUUUGACCAGUUUGGCAACUGAGACAAACAUAUCCACAAUUCUGAGAGAAUUGCAGACAUAUGUGUUAAGCCCUGACAAGGAAUUUGCAGCUGCUACAAUUCAGGCCAUUGGACGAUGUGCCAGCAACAUUUCCGAGAUCACUGAUACGUGUCUCAAUGGUCUCGUGCAUCUCAUGUCCAACAGGGAUGAAAGUGUUGUGGCUGAAAGUGUGGUGGUUAUCAAGAAGCUCCUUCAAAUGCGGCCUACUUCAAGCGAGAAAAAAAGGCCAUCGGAGCACAAGGACAUCAUUUGUCACAUGGCUAAGAUGGUGGAGAAGAUCAUGGUGCCCAUGGCCCGAGCCAGCAUCUUGUGGCUCAUUGGCGAGUACAGUGAGCGGGUGCCCAAGAUUGCCCCGGAUGUACUGAGGAAGUUUGCCAAAAGCUUCAUUCAAGAGGAGGAUAUCGUGAAGCUGCAGAUCCUGAACCUAGCAGCCAAGCUGUGCAUCACCAACCAAAAGCAGACCAAGCUCCUGUGCCAGUACGUGCUCAAUCUGGCCAAGUAUGAUCAGAACUAUGACAUUCGUGACCGAUCUCGCUUCCUGCGACAACUUGUGCUCCCUGGAGAGAAAUCAAGUGCACUAGCCAAAUAUGCAAAAAAGAUCUUCCUUGCGACUAAACCUGCUCCAGUUCUUGCUUCCAAGUUUCAAGAUCGGGACCAGUACCAGCUAGGCACGCUGUCUCACCUGCUGAAUACGCGUGCUCAUGGGUACCAAGAGCUGCCUGAGUGGCCGGAGGAGGCGCCGGAGCCAUCUGUCCGCAAUGUGGAGGUGCCCAUCUGGACGGAGAAGAAAACAUCUACCAAGAAGAAGAAGAAUGCUACAGACCUCAAGUCAUUCUACUCCGAAUCAGAAUCUAGUGAUGAAGAUGACUCCGAUGCGGAAUCCGGGUCAGAUGAGAGUGAGGAAGAGGACUCGGAGGAGGCGGAGGAGGAAGAAGAGUCUGGGGAGGAGUCAGAAGAGGAAGAGGAGAGUGAGGAGGAGGAGGAAGAAGAGGAAAGUGAGGACGAGGACUCCAGCAAAGAAGAGGACUCCUCUGAGGAAGACAGUGAGGAGGAGGAAUCGUCUUCAGAGGAAGAGGUUGUUGUCAAGAAAAAGCCAGUUAAGAAGGAAACCAAGCCAGAAAAAUCAAAGACUAAAGAAGACAAAGCAUCCUCCAAGAAGGAGGGUGAUCUACUGCUUGAUCUGGAUGAUUUGGGGUCAAUGGGUGCAGGCAGUACUCCUGUGACUCCCGGUGAUAUGCUGACCCCGACCAUGGCCUCCAGUAUGAGCAACCUCUCAAUCAGUGAUAGAGCCUCACCUACUAAUGUUGCUAUGCCCCAGCCAGUCAUAGUCCCCUCCAAGUCCUACGAGCUCCUCAACAGAAUCAAAGGUAACGGCCUCGGAGUGGAGUACAAGUUCACCAGGUCCAUAUCAAUCUUCUCACCAAAGAUGGUGUCCAUUGAACUGACUCUCACCAACAGUGGAGAUGCGCCUGUCGCAAAUAUCACCAUGGGAGAUAAGAAACUACAACCAGGAAUGGAAGUACAGGAAUUCCCAGAAAUAGCUACACUCGGUGCAGGGUCGUCCACAUCGGUUCUCUUUGGCAUCAACUACAACGACACGACACAGCCAGCAACGUUUGACCUUUGUACACAAGAACAGAAAUAUAGUGUUAAUAUCUCCGCCCCUGUUGGAGAGCUGGUGCAGCCCUACACAAUGAAUGAAGGCGACUUUCGAAGUCAACAAGGUAAACUUGGAGGAAUGAAUGAAAAUUCUGGAAGUACAGAGCUUCCUGAAACGAACCAGUCACCGAAGGCUAUUUGUUCCUGUGUUCAUACAGCUGCGAAUGUGUUACAAGUACCGUCGUCAGAAGAAAACACCUACAGAUUUUCCGCCAAAACAUUAGGUGAUGGCACGCUUGUGUUGGUGACUGUGAAAGUUAAGGAAUCCAAAGCAACUCUGACUGUCAAUUGCGAGAAGAUGGUGAUUGGGACAAUGCUGCUCAAAGAUAUAAAGAGCUCUCUUGGCAAAAAGUAGCCUUGAUGGAUUAGAACAAAACAUUUAUUUAUUUAUUUCAACUUAAUUUUAAAGUAAUUUAGUCUGUAAGAUGAAAAUCUGUAUCAUGCCGAUUCUCUUCAUUUAUAUGACUCUUGAACUUGUGUCAAACACCAUGGUGAUUGCAACGAACCUUCACUUGUGAUUUAUUUACUUCUGGGAAGGGUAGUGGGGUUGCCUAGUGUUUGAAGCAUUAGCUCAUCAUGCCGAAGGCCUGGGUUUCAUACCCCACAUGGGUACAGUGUGAAGCCCAUUUCUGGUGUCCCCUGCCGUGAUAUUGCUGUAAUAUUGCUGAAAGUGGCCUAAAACCCUACUCACUCACUCAUGCCUGGUGUGAAAGGAGUUCAUCCUUCAAUGUAUAUUGCAAUUUGUAAGGACAGGUUUGGCGGGGGGUGGGGGGUUAUAACCAUCCAUAUGGAAUGUUGCUAAAAGAGGUGUAAACCCUACUCACCAGUUCAUUUUAUCUUUUGUCAUAGAAUUGUAGGAUAUAUUGAUUUGUGAUUUGAUAAUCAGAAAUUAUGAUUGAGUGCUCUGGCUUUUCAUCUUACAGAUACUGUUAUCCAGUGCUCACAUCCCAUCACUCAUCUGAGUAAUAGGGGUCUUGGGGUAGCCUUGUGGUUAAAGUGUUCGUUCUUCUCGUUGAAGGCCUGGGUUCGAUCCCCAGCAUGGGUACAAUAUGAAGCCCAUAUUUGGCUCCCCGGCUGAGAUAAUGCUGGAAUAUAUGAUUAAAACCGUUGUUGUGUAAUCACAAGAUGUAGCAAAUCAAAAUGUCUAAGUUUUUAUCCUUGAAUUGUGUCUACUUUGUCAUCUGUCAACUAAGAAAUGCCCUUAAAACAAUUUAUUUUGCAGGAGUGUUUCUCUUUCAUUUAGCACAUGAAGUGCUUCUACUUUACUUAAUCAUGAGACAUGACUGUGUGGAGAAAACCCUGCACAUCUUCCUUCAUAUGUGAAGUGUACACAACCGUACUUCACUGUCUUGUAUGCACGACGUUCCUCCAGGAACACAUCGUCUAUACUUCACAGUCUUGUAUACACGACAUCCCUUUAGGAACACAUCGUCUAUACUUCAGUCUUGUAUGCACGACGUUCCUCCAGGAACACAUCGUCUAUACUUCACAGUCUUGUAUACACGACAUCCCUUUAGGAGCUCAUCCUCUAUACUUCACUGUCUUGUAUGCACGACGUUCCUCCAGGAACACAUCGUCUAUACUUCACAGUCUUGUAUACACGACAUCCCUUCAGGAACACAUCGUCUAUACUUCACAGUCUUGUAUGCACGACAUCCCUUUAGGAACACAUCGGCUAUACUUCACAGUCUUGUAUACACGACAUCCCUUUAGGAACACAUCGGCUAUACUUCACUGUCUUGUAUGCACGACAUCCCUUCAGGAACACAUCGUCUAUACUUCACAGUCUUGUAUACACGACAUCCCUUUAGGAACACAUCGGCUAUACUUCACAGUCUUGUAUACACGACAUCCCUUUAGGAACACAUCGUCUAUACUUCACAGUCUUGUAUGCACGACAUCCCUUCAGGAACACAUCGUCUAUACUUCACAGUCUUGUAUACACGACAUCCCUUUAGGAACACAUCGUCUAUACUUCACAGUCUUGUAUACACGACAUCCCUUUAGGAACACAUCGGCUAUACUUCACAGUCUUGUAUGCACGACAUCCCUUUAGGAACACAUCGGCUAUACUUCACAGUCUUGUAUACACGACAUCCCUUUAGGAACACAUCGUCUAUACUUCACAGUCUUGUAUACACGACAUCCCUUUAGGAACACAUCGGCUAUACUUCACUGUCUUGUAUACACGACAUCCCUUCAGGAACACAUCGUCUAUACUUCACAGUCUUGUAUACACGACAUCCCUUUAGGAGCUCAUCAUCUAUACAGUGUUCCCUCGCUAUUGUGCCUUUGAGAGCAGGAAAUACAAUUUAAAUGGUAAAUCAUCAUGUCUAGUGAUGUUUUAUAUCAAAUUUCAUUUUUUUAUUGAUCAAGUUUGUUAUACCCCUGGUUUUUUUAAAACGCAUAACACUCAAUAAAUCUUUUUUUACACUGUGAAUCAUAAACAACUACUUUUCUAAUCUUUUUUUAACCAUGCAGCGUAGAUCGUGUUAGGUAGGUAGAGCAUGUACUGUUUUGUUGGUCAACAACCACCUACAACUCCACCUCGGUUAAACCGCUGAUCGUCUAUAACGC